CCUACCAACUGUAAAUACUAAAUAUACAAAACUUUGCUGGGCAUCACUUUUUACCAGCUGACAUUCUAAGUAGCAAUUCCAACAAAAUUGGCUUAAAAAGUUAACAUUACUAAAAUUUCAUCAUCAAAAUGCCUGUGUUAACUGUAGAAAACUCCGACGACUAUCAGACAUAUAUUAACGCUGACAGAACAACUGUUGCACUGUUUGCUGCCGACUGGGCAGAGCAAUGUGCUCAAGUUACCGAUGUACUCAACGAGCUGGCAAGCAUUUUAGGCGAUAAGUUGCAAUUCAUUACACUAAAUGCCGAAAAAUUCCCUGAGAUAUCAAUGAAACAUCAGAUCGAGGCAGUGCCGACAGUAAUAUUCUUCAACAAGGGCUCGGCUGUGGAUCGCGUGGAUGGUGUGGAUGUCGCUGCCAUUAGUAGCAAGUCCAAAAAGCUAGCUGAAAGUGCAAGCAGCGCUGCGGCAACUGGACAAACCCUCAAAGACCGUUUGACAGCACUUAUCAAUAAGGCGCCGCUUAUGAUAUUCAUGAAGGGCGAUCGAAACGCUCCACGCUGUGGGUUCUCAAAGCAGCUUAUUGCAAUUGUUAACGACACGAAUUUGCCGUACGAAACUUUCGACAUUCUUUCUGACGAAGAAGUCCGUCAGGGUUUGAAGACAUUCUCUGACUGGCCAACGUAUCCGCAAGUUUAUGUUAAAGGCGAACUUAUUGGGGGCUUGGAUAUCAUCAAGGAGCUCUUGGCUAACAAUGAACUUGAAGCAUCGCUUAAGGGCUAAACAUCAGACGUCAUCCCAUUAGUCAAAUGAAAUCUGGAACAACCAUGGCUUCUCACAAAUUUACAAUGUCCAAAAACUUUUAUAAGCAUAAAUAAAAGAAAAUGAGAUGAAUCUUUGACCGAUUGAAGUGUAUCGAAAUAUAU